GACCUAAUCCCAUACCAUGCUUCCACUUGGAUCAUGCAGCCUCUCUUCCGUAUUUUCUGGAGAAGACCACUUUCAAAGGCCGUGUUUUUAUGACUCAUGCAACUAAAGCCAUAUACAAGCUUCUUUUAUCCGAUUAUGUUAAAGUCAGCAAAGUAUCAGUUGAAGAUAUGUUGUAUGAUGAACAAGAUAUUCUCCGAUCCAUGGACAAGAUUGAGGUUAUUGACUUCCACCAGACACUAGAAGUGAAUGGAAUUCGUUUCUGGUGCUAUACUGCUGGUCAUGUCCUUGGUGCUGCCAUGUUCAUGGUUGACAUUGCAGGAGUUCGGGUGCUCUACACUGGAGACUACUCAAGGGAGGAAGAUCGCCAUCUCCGUGCAGCUGAGAUCCCUCAGUUUUCCCCUGAUAUCUGUAUAAUUGAAUCCACCUAUGGUGUACAACUUCACCAGCCUCGGCUUGUGAGGGAGAAACGCUUCACAGAUGUUAUCCACUCAACCAUUUCUCAGGGUGGUCGUGUCCUCAUCCCAGCAUUUGCACUUGGCCGGGCCCAGGAGCUCCUCCUCAUCCUUGAUGAGUACUGGUCAAACCAUCCUGAACUUCACAACAUUCCAAUCUACUAUGCUUCUCCUCUGGCCAAGAGGUGCAUGGCAGUUUACCAGACAUAUAUCAAUGCCAUGAAUGAGAGGAUCCGAAAUCAGUUUGCCAAUUCUAACCCAUUCGACUUCAAGCACAUCUCACCUUUGAAAAGUAUUGAGAAUUUUGAGGAUGUUGGGCCAUCAGUUGUGAUGGCAAGCCCAAGUGGGCUGCAGAGUGGCUUAUCACGACAACUCUUUGAUAUGUGGUGCUCUGAUAAGAAGAAUGCAUGUGUGAUUCCUGGGUAUGUUGUGGAGGGUACCCUGGCAAAGACCAUCAUCAAUGAACCGAAGGAAGUCACUCUCAUGAAUGGCCUCACUGCCCCUCUCAAUAUGCAAGUACACUACAUUUCCUUCUCAGCCCAUGCUGAUUUUGCCCAGACAAGUACGUUCUUGAAAGAGCUCAUGCCUCCUAAUAUAAUCCUUGUUCAUGGAGAGGCCACUGAAAUGGGGAGGCUUAAACAGAAGCUCAUUACCCAGUUUACUGAUCGGAACACCAAAAUUAUGUCCCCAAAGAACUGCCAAUCUGUUGAAAUGUAUUUCAACUCGGAGAAAAUGGCCAAAACGAUUGGAAGAUUGGCUGAAAAAACUCCAGAAGCAGGUGAAACAGUCAGUGGUUUGCUAGUCAAGAAAGGCUUCACUUAUCAGAUAAUGGCACCCGAAGAUCUACAUGUCUUCUCUCAGCUAUCCACUGCCAACAUCACUCAGAGGAUUUCAGUGCCCUACUCUGGUGCAUUUGGUGUGAUUAAGCACAGACUCAUGCAGAUAUAUGAGAGUGUAAAUUCUCUCCCAAAUGAAGAGUCUGAGGGCCCAGCACUACUAGUGCAUGAGCGUGUGACAGUUAAACAAGAAUCAGAAAGACAUGUAUCAUUGCAAUGGACAUCAGACCCUAUUAGCGACAUGGUCUCUGAUUCAGUUGUUGCUGUGAUACUGAACAUUACACGUGACCUUCCCAAGGUAACAGCAGUGGCAGAGACUGCUAAAACUGAGGAUGCAAAGACAGGUGAAAAGGUAAUCCAUGCUUUGUUGGUGUCGUUGUUUGGAGAUGUCAAGACUGGAGAGGAGGGGAAUAUUCUGGUGACUGUUGAUAGCAAUGUGGCACGCCUAGAUGUGAAGACUGGAGAAGUUGAUUGUGAGAAUGACAGUUUAAAGGAUCGAGUCUGCACAGCUUUCCGCCGGAUCCAGAGCGCUGUAAGGCCUAUCCCGCUGUCUGUCUCUAGCUAGAUUUGGUCAUUCUAGUAGCUUGAAAUGAACUUGGACUGAGUUUACUGUAUUCAACUUCCAUCCUUCACCAGUUCUUGGUAACAUGAUCUGCUUUGAGCAGCUGUAUACAGCAGUCAAAAUUUAAAUGGAUUCGUUUACUCAAAGUUCCUGAGGGAAGAAAAAGUUAUACAAGCUUUAACAUUGUUUGCUCUGA